AAUGUAACCUUCAAAAUCAAAAUAAUGACAAAGCCAAAGGCCAAAAGUAGUAUUUUGGAUUUUUUUUAAAAUUAAUAAUAAAUGUUGAUUAUUGAUAUUAUUUUCUGUGAUUUUCAACGGUGGUAGUAACAGAAACGCUAAUUAAAAUCCAAAAGUUUAGCAUAUUUCACUUUAUUUCACAUACAGUAGCAAGAUAGAAUUUAUGUAUGAACAGAUUAAUGAAAGAGGAAACAAUAACAAUACAUACAAACCAUGUUCAGAAGUAGAAGCUGGUUUGGUGGUGGUUGGGGACGUCCAAAGAAUUUGCACUCAUUGGAUCACCUGAAAUACCUUUACAAUGUUUUAUCCAGGAAUCAGAAUGUUUCAGAACACAACAGAGGGUUGUUAGUGGAAUCAUUGAGAUCAAUUGCUGAGAUACUCAUAUGGGGCGAUCAAAAUGAUUCUUCUGUAUUUGAUUUCUUCCUGGAGAAAAAUAUGUUAUCUUUUUUUUUACGUAUAAUGAGACAAAGAAGUGGAGGAUCUAGCUAUGUUUGCGUUCAACUUCUGCAAACACUAAACAUUCUGUUUGAGAAUAUAAGAAAUGAAACUUCCUUGUAUUACUUGCUGUCCAAUAACCAUGUAAAUUCCAUAAUCGUUCAUAAAUUUGAUUUUUCCGAUGAAGAAGUCAUGGCAUAUUAUAUAUCCUUUCUGAAAACGCUCAGUUUAAAAUUGAAUGCUCAUACUAUCCACUUCUUUUACAAUGAGCAUACCAACGAUUUUCCUCUAUACACUGAAGCUAUCAAGUUCUUCAACCAUCCCGAAUCCAUGGUUCGAAUAGCAGUGAGAACGUUGACACUGAACGUCUACAGGGUGGACGACUCCAGUAUGCUGGCGUUCAUCAGAGACCGAACUGCGGCGCCCUAUUUUUCUAAUAUUGUUUGGUUCAUCGGUAAACAUAUACAGGAGUUGGAUUCCUGUGUGAGGAAUGAUGCAGAUCAUCAGUCUCAAAAUCGACUUUCCGACCUCGUGGCAGAACACUUGGACCACCUUCACUAUCUGAACGACAUCCUCUGCCUCAACAUAACCGAUCUGAAUCACGUGUUGACCGAUCACUUGCUCCACAAACUCCUGAUCCCCUUGUACAUAUACUCCCUAUCUCUGAACAGGAAAAAGCCGUCGGCAACAGAUGUUGCCUGUGACGCCGUCGGCAGACUCUCUGUGACGUCACGCGGGUCGCAGAACAGCAGCCCGAAAAGCCACGACGUCACUAACGGCAAAGUCUCCUGCGUGGUGGCGCUGUUCCUGCUCUCGCAAGUCUUUCUGAUACUGUCCCAUUCGCCACUGGUGCAAAGUUUGGCGUGGAUCAUUUUGAAAACGGACCGGUCCGUUUUCGAAAAGGGCGUGGACAAGCUGCUCGAGCACUACGAGAGGGAAAAAGAGAGGAGAGCGUUGGAGGAGGAGGUUCCGAGUGACGUUUGUUGUGGGGAGGAGGUGAGCGAUGGCGAAACUAACCUCAAUAUAACUGACGAAGAGAAGGAGAGAAUGGCGACCGGCCCGGUAGAAGGGGCUGCUACUUUGGUGGAUCAUCCGUUUUUGGAGACCGUUUAUGACGCGAUAGAUUGCACGGAGAAUGAUUAUGCUGCGUUGUUUGCUCUCAGUUUGUUGUAUGCGAUGGCCAAUAACUCAGGUGUGACCUCAGAUACAACAGAGCAAGUGCUGAAGCCAAAAAAGUCAUUCAUAUCGAAAUCGUCCGCGCUUUCCAAAGAUGUCCGGUACACGUACAACACGUACCUGGCCGACAAGAUCCUUCAAAUCAUAAUUUUCUCGUGCCAGCCGUCCUGCAGAGUGAGACUAGUCACUUUGGAACUCGCUCUGAAGUUGUUCGUCCAGCUGGCUGUGUGCGACGGAAAGAACAUUCUGUUGGAGUCGCACAAAUCGACGAUAGAAACAGCAAAGACGCAGAGCCUGGCGUUGUUGAGGAAUUUCUACAAGAGCGAAGAAAUAUUUUUAGAUAUGUUUGAACAUGAGUACUGUGAUAUGUCAAAAGGAUCCCUGAACGUGGAAUGGCUGUGUAUGGACAGUGCAAUUUUAUUGCCUCCAACCGGCACACCCAUGACUGGGAUUGAUUUUAUCAAAAGACUGCCAUGCGGCGAGGUGGAACGUGCCAGAAGGGCCAUAAGGGUGUAUUUCCUGAUAAGGAACCUGGUGCUAACAUUGACAGGAGAAGUGGAAACUCAGUUACCGUUGACGAAUCCCCAGUGUUGCGUGCAGAUCGACCAAGCACUGGACCUGAGUAUACCUCGUUAUAACUCUGACUUGAUUGCCUGCACAGUGGUCUGGAAAGAUGGAACGAAAAUGAGAAGGUUCCUCGUGAUCGACAUUCUGCAACUCAUCUUAGUCGAGCCGGACACAAAGAGGUUAGGAUGGGGUGUAGCUAAACUAGUCGGGUUCUUGCAGGAUAUUGAGGUGACGGGAGAUAAAGAUGACUCAAGAUGUUUGCACAUUACAAUUCAUAGACCUAUAUCGGGGGCCACAACGAAUAGAGUGCCAUUACUAAACGCAAAGUUCGUUUUUGAUGAUAAUAUAAGAUGUAUGGCUGCUAAACAGAGAUUAACAAAGGGCAGAAUCAAGGCGCGCCAGAAGAAGAUGCAACACAUCGCCCGGCUGCUGGAAAUCCCCGGCCAGUCGGGCCCGCCCUCGCCUGCGUUCGCCGGACAGGGCGCGUUCGCGGGCGGCCGUCCCUCGCGCGCCUGCCGCCCCUCGCUGCUGGGCGGGCCGCGGGCGGGGCCCGGCUUGGCCGCGCCGAGGCGAGAAGGGUCGCCCGGGGUGCUGCACCGGGCGGACGAGGCGAGGAGGCGCGGCGGAGGGGAGAGUCCCAGCAGAUUGACGAGUCUGAGGAGGGAGAAUGAACCUUCAGUAGGCAAGAAGGAAAUCAGAUCUCGAGAUAAUUCUUCUACCAGGGGCAGAUCUAGAGAAGGAUCACCAAGAAUGCCAAGACCAAGGUCGGAAGAGAUUCCAUUGGAAUUGAUGAAGAAAGCACCUAAUUCUAUCAUUGACAUGGCUCCCAAAAUUGCGAUAAUGCCAAGGCCCCAUACACCUAGGACUGUGAUCGAAGCUGAACCUUCAACCUCUAGCGAAAAUCAAAAUCCCAAAGAAAAUACUUUGGUGACAUCUAUAUCAGAAGAAACUUCUUUCAUAGCAGAAGAGACGGAUAAGGAAGCUGUUGAGUCAUUAUAGUUUGAGGUGUUUUUAUUUUAUGACUUUUCCAGCGGGUAUUUCUAUUUAUUCAUAGGCAGCUUCGUCACUGUAUAAAUUAUUAUCAUAUUGUUUGUAAAUAAAUAAAACGAGUUGAAUCUGUGU